AUGGAAGCCCUCCAGUCCAACUAUGUUCCAACAGUGACUUCUAAUGGUGGUGGGAGCAAGAUCUUGCAAAAGGUGAUCUUUGACGGAGACCAAUUAACAGAGGAACGAGCUCGGAAUUGGCAGUGGGCAAAUACACUGGCUGAAUCUCCAUCAGAGCGCCUAGAAGGAAUAACACCAGCCUUUGCUGACUGGCACUUAAAGAUGUUUCUUGGGGUAUGUAUGUAUUCGAAAAAUUAAUGUUAACAAUAAAGUUUAUGAAAACAAAACAGAACAAUUCCUGCGUUAUCAAGGCAUACGUUAUAUUUUAAACACAUAACAAAUAAGGUUGCUCUGAAUAUCAUUAAUUUAUAUUCCUUUUCUUGGCAGCUGUAUAAUAAUACAAAAUAAACAAUCAUAUAUCAUGGGAUUGGAGCCUGUAUGAUUAACCUACAAAGAGUUUGAUGUUAUUUUAAUGUUUUCUUUAAGCAAUAUUGUUACUGUGUAUUCAGAUCUUCAAGCAGCUGUUCUUUAAGGAAGGUUCAGCUGCUGAGAUGGGCACCUCCUGUGCAUUAAUGAAUCGAACAGGGAAGAGCAAUGCUAAAAGGGGUACUGAAAAGGAUUACAAUGCUUUCAAAGAUUUCAUUGAUCGUGAAACUGAGGCCCAUAUUAUUACAAAGUGGAUGCUAUUUUCUGGCAUGACUGAUAUGGAAGGA